CCAUCCGCAAAUAAAAAAGGUCGAAAAUAUUUCACUUCACGGAGAAAAAAAAAAGAAAAAAGAGAGCUGUCCUUUUAUUAUUGUCUCAGUCUCUUUGAGAAAGCCCUCAAUUCCUUCUUCCACCUCUUUAGAUAUUUUUGUGGCCCUAGAUUUUCUCUCUGCUGGUUCUGCCUAAAAUAGCCAUGGCAAAUGCAGCUUCUGGUAUGGCUGUGCAUGAUGACUGCAAGCUGAAGUUUCUAGAGUUAAAGGCGAAAAGAACUUACCGCUUCAUAGUAUUCAAGAUUGAGGAGAAACAAAAGCAGGUUGUUGUGGAAAAGCUUGGUGAGCCAACUCAAAGCUACGAGGAUUUCACUGCAAGCCUCCCUGCUGAUGAGUGUCGAUAUGCUGUAUAUGAUUUUGACUUUGUGACUGCUGAGAAUUGCCAGAAAAGCAAGAUUUUCUUCAUUGCAUGGUCUCCUGACACAUCAAGGGUGAGAAGCAAGAUGAUUUAUGCAAGCUCCAAGGACAGGUUCAAGAGAGAGUUGGAUGGUAUUCAAGUAGAGCUGCAAGCAACUGAUCCCACUGAGAUGGGACUUGAUGUUAUAAGAAGCCGAGCAAGCUAAAUGGAUCUAUGAAAUCUCCAACAGGCAGGAAUGGAGAUAAUCAAAUGCUUUCUGCUUUUGCUUUAAGUGAAAUGUUAAUAGGUUGUGGGGGCUCGGGUAUCGACCUGACUGAAUUAUGAUAUUGGCUUGUUGUUCAAGUUUUUAUAUUGAAGUCAUCGUCUAGAACAAGUUUUAGUAAUUUCCAUUUAUAUCUUAUAAUUUGUUAUGCGUGGAGGUUAUAUGACGGAGUGUCUCACAGUUGAGUCAUUAAACAAAAGUGUAUCUUCUUCUGGGGGUAUGGUACACACUUUGAGGUUUGUUCUUGCAACUUUUUAAAAAUGGAUGUUUGGUUACUCA